ACUAAUAAAAAAAAAGGAUAAACAGUCUUCCUGCGGUGUGUAUGUGCGUAUGUAUGUGUGCUUGAGUGUGUGAGUGAGAGAGUGUGUGAGAGUGUAUGUUUCUUUGUCAUUGAACUUCACAGAUUCUUGAUAAUGAGGGUGGGAUGCUGCAAUAAUGCUCACCAGGAGCGAGAGGCGGAUGGAUCCAGGAGGACCGAGCCAUCUGUAAGCGUACUGGAGACCAAAGACAACUCAUAUCAGCGACAUCUGCACACUUACAGCUAAUGAGUCCCAGAGGUGAAAAGCAGCUGACCUUUCCAGGGUUCAGGACUUCAGAUUUUCUGACUGCUUCAGCUCGAAGCCCUGAGGCAAGGCAAGUAUGAACAGUGUUUUUCUACUUGUGAAGUAACAGUGUAAUUAUGAAGACACUGCCAUAAUGAGGUCAAACCAAAUCUACUGAAAGCAUGAAGCUCUGUUCUUUUCUUUUGUGCCUGCAGUGUGCUUCCUCAUAGUGUUGCGAUUGCGAAUAAGUACUCGCUGCCGGCCUGAUUUGUUGCCUGUUUGCAUAUUUGUCACACUUAAAUGUAUAAAAUCUUCAACGUUAUAUUAUUAGACAAAAAGAAAAAAUGCAGUUUUUAAAUGAUGAGUUCACUUAUUAAGGAAAAAGGCUAUUCAAAAAAUAAUAAAACCAAAAACUGGUUAAUUCAUGAGUCUUUAUUAUCACAGCAAAUACCUUUUGGCCCAUUGUGGGAUCUUAAAAAUAUUUUUUUAUGUGAGAUGAGAUUUUUGCAGUCUAUCUCUUAUCGUUAAAUUAUGAACACUGACCGUAACUGACACGCGUGAGGCCUGCAGUUUUGUAGAUGCUGUUCUGGAUCCUUUUGUGACCUCCUGGAUGAGUCCUUGAUCCACUCUUGCAGUAACGCUUUUCCAACAGUUUUUGUCUUCGCAAGAAAAUUUGGUCAAACAUUUUUCCAGCAACUCGACCACAAAAGAGUCAGUUAGAGAUGGAGUCUAUCCUGAUAAUGACGUGGAUCAACACCUAUGUCUGCCUUCCUUUGACCAUCCUGAUCAUCUGUUGUGUAUGUUGCAUGGUGCAACGGUGUCAGGCCCCUUUCAUCUAUUACACAAACCUCCUCGUCUCCAAUCUACUCCAGCUCUGCAUAACAAUGGCAUUCAUGAAAAAACCUCAUAACCAGGUUUUUGAGAUCAUUCUCUACUGUGGUGUGAUGGCCAGUCUUUACUUCAAGUGUUGCAUUGCUCUGGAAAGGUAUUGUUUCAUCGCCUGUCCGUGGUUAGACUGGCUCAGGCAAACUAAGGCUUCUGUGCUGGUCUGUGUUCUGGUCUGGGUCCUUUGUAUUGUCAGUGUCCCUCUGGGUGUAGUGUUGGAAGAAUUUGUACGGUUCAUUAUUUAUGCCCUCCUCCCCACUCCUCUCUUCAUCUUCUCUUUAGCUGGGACCAUCAAAGCUCUGCCUGCUGCCCCCUCAGUGCCCACUGAGGAAAAACGAAGGAUUAUUGGAAUGUUGGUUGUUUUGCUGCUUAACUACCUUUUCAUGCUUCCCACAAUCAUCAUUCAUAAUUUAAUAAACUCAAGCUUGAGUGACCACACUCAAAUCCAUGUUAUGUUUGUAAUCUUGUUUUUGCUCAGUCCGUUUGUGGACUUGAUUCUGUUUGUUUUCAUGUGGAAAGGACCCAUUGACAGACUGCUGGCACUCCUGUGCUGCUGUAAUAGAGACAACACUGCAGCAGAUGAAGCAGGAGGUCGUCAGUGUGAAUGAUUAUAGAGCAGACUGACGUGGUGAGUGAAUAGUCAGAGACAAAGGGAGAGUGAAAAAUUGCAGCCAAAUGGUGUCAGAAAUGCAGAGAAACUGGUUGAUCGGUUCUUUUCCCAGUUUCUCAGUGAGAACUUGAUUCUCUACCGUGCAAUAUUCUUUGCAGCUUGAAAUUAAAAGGCAAAAUUUCUUCCAGAAUCAUUUCUCUUCAUAUUUUUUUCCAGACGUUUCUGACUUAACAGAGAUUAAACAAUGGUACCUAUAGUUCUGUAAUAUCUUACAAAAAGUAAUGGAAAUGUAUCCAUUAAAGUUUAUUCUUGUUUUCUCUUAAGAUGUUACGUAUUUGUCUGUUUACAUUUGAUGAAUUAAACUGAUUUUUGGU